CGAUUUUUCUAGAAUCGCGUACAGUGACCGGUGGAAAAAGUAGGAGCGAAAAUCUGUGAGACAAAAGCAGUUAAUUAGCCGGAGACGCGAGCGUUGAAAGCUGCCCUGUGUUUAAAAAUAUGACCGGCUGUUUGAAGAAGGAAUUCAGUAACCGAGUGAUCGGUGGUGUGCGUUAAUGUGCGAGUGCUGCAAGGUUGCGAAAUUACGGAAAAUCAUACGAUUCUGCAGACCUUGCGAAAUCAGUAUUGCUGUUGAAUACAACAGAAGGAUAAUUCCACAUACUAUAGGGGAGCCAAUGGAUAAACUGAUUCGAGAUUUAUUAAUCCUGAAAUCGUUUAUCUGCAGCUGUUCGUCGACCGUUGUGACAUGUUCACAUAUUUUUUUUUAUCUAGGAAAUCAUCAACACCUACGUGGGAACCGCACACGAUCAGUGAAAACUAGAGAAAACGAAACGAAAUCAGACAGGUGGUGACGCGGUCAGUGAAAUAAUCGAAACUAAUCCCCAUCGAAUGCUAAAAUCGUGUCAUCUGUGAAAACAAAAUUCUUUCGAAGAAAAGUGAAAAUUCAAAAUUUUAUACCAAACAAACCAGUGACCAGUGUCCAAAGUACACCGAUGAAGUAACACGCCAAGAAACCGUAUUUUUCCGUUUAAAUGUUCAAUGUUUUUAAUUUCGGAAAGGAAUAUUUAGCGUCAACUAGAAAAGUAACCCACUUGGAAUAGGGGAGUGGUCAAAGAGGAGUAAGCUACCACCAUGGCGGAAGCGGAAGGAGGAUCGGAGCAGGAUGAUGUUUCAUUCUUGCGGACGGAAGACAUGGUCUGUCUGUCCUGCACGGCCACGGGGGAACGUGUCUGCCUGGCGGCUGAAGGCUUCGGCAACCGGCACUGCUUCCUCGAGAACAUUGCCGACAAGAACAUCCCGCCGGACCUAUCGCAGUGCGUGUUCGUCAUCGAGCAGGCGCUCUCGGUUCGUGCCCUGCAGGAGCUGGUCACGGCUGCCGGUUCGGAAACCGGCAAUGACUCGGUAGGCAAAGGAACAGGUUCCGGGCACCGAACGCUGCUGUAUGGCAACGCCAUUCUGCUACGUCACAACAACAGUGACAUGUAUCUAGCGUGCCUUUCGACGUCGUCUUCCAACGACAAACUAUCGUUUGACGUCGGUCUACAGGAGCACAGCCAGGGCGAGGCUUGCUGGUGGACGGUUCAUCCAGCUAGCAAGCAGCGUUCCGAGGGUGAGAAGGUCCGCGUCGGUGACGAUCUGAUUCUGGUCUCGGUGGCAACCGAACGAUAUCUGCACACCACCAAAGAGAAUGACCUCUCGAUUGUCAAUGCUAGCUUCCACGUGACGCACUGGAGCGUCCAGCCUUACGGUACCGGUAUCUCGCGCAUGAAGUAUGUCGGCUACGUAUUCGGCGGCGAUGUGCUCCGAUUCUUCCACGGAGGUGACGAGUGUCUCACCAUACCGAGUACAUGGGGACAGGAACCGGGACAAAACAUGGUAGUCUACGAAGGAGGCUCGGUGAUGUCCCAAGCUAGGUCUCUCUGGCGACUGGAGCUCGCACGAACCAAAUGGGCCGGAGGCUUUAUCAACUGGUCUCAUCCGAUGCGCAUUCGUCACCUGACCACUGGUCGUUAUCUGGGCGUGAACGAGAACAACGAACUGAUUCUGAUGUCACGGGAGCUGGCUACCACUUCGCAGACGGCAUUCGUACUGCGUGCGGAGAAAGACGACCAGAAGGUGGUGCUGGAAGACAAAGAUCUUGAGGUGAUCGGUGCACCGAUCAUCAAGUACGGUGACUCCACGGUCAUCAUGCAACAUCACGAGUCCGGGCUGUGGGUGAGCUACAAAAGCUACGAAACCAAGAAGAAGGGCGUCGGCAAGGUUGAGGAGAAACAAGCCGUACUGCACGAGGAAGGUAAGAUGGACGACGGGUUGGAUUUUUCCCGCUCGCAAGAGGAGGAAUCCAGGACCGCUCGGGUCAUCCGCAAGUGUUCGCAUCUGUUCACCAAAUUUAUUGGUGGCCUUGAGACGCUCCAGCAGAACCGCCGACAUUCGUUCUUCCUGCAGACGAUCAACCUGGGCGAGAUGGUCAUGUGCCUGGAAGAUUUGAUCAACUAUUUUGCUCAACCGGAAGAUGAUAUGGAGCAUGAAGAGCGCCAAAAUCGUCUGCGAGCUUUGCGCAACCGUCAAGAUCUGUUCCAGGAGGAGGGUGUGCUGAACCUGAUUCUGGAAGCUAUCGACAAGAUCAACGUCAUUUCAUCGCAAGGCUUCCUAGCAUCGUUCCUGGCGAGCGAUGAAACCGGUCAGAGUUGGGAGAUGAUUUCCGGUUAUCUGUACCAAUUGCUUGCGGCGAUCAUCAAGGGCAACCACACCAAUUGCGCCCAGUUUGCUAACUCAAACCGCUUGAACUGGCUAUUCUCUCGAUUGGGAUCGCAGGCCUCCAGCGAGGGUUCCGGUAUGCUGGAUGUACUCCAUUGCGUUCUGAUUGACUCUCCGGAGGCGUUGAACAUGAUGAGAGACGAACAUAUCAAGGUUAUCAUUUCGCUGUUGGAGAAGCACGGUCGCGACCCGAAGGUUUUGGAUGUUCUUUGCUCUCUGUGCGUAGGUAAUGGCGUAGCUGUACGAUCAUCGCAGAACAAUAUCUGCGACUUCUUGCUCCCCGGAAAGAAUCUACUGUUGCAAACUAGUCUGGUUGAUCACGUGGCUAGCGUACGGCCGAACAUUUUCGUUGGACGAGUCGAAGGAUCAGCCGUUUACCAGAAGUGGUACUUUGAGGUGACCAUGGAUCAUAUCGAACAAACUACGCACAUGUCUCCGCAUCUGAGAAUCGGAUGGGCCAAUACGAAUGGGUAUGUCCCAUAUCCGGGAGGUGGAGAGAAAUGGGGUGGAAACGGUGUUGGUGACGAUUUGUUUUCUUAUGGUUUCGACGGUGUUUUCUUCUGGUCAGCUGGACGUAGGACACAAGUCGUAUUUUCGGACAUAACAGAGCCGUUCAUCAAGAAGAAUGACGUUAUCGGUUGUACGUUGGAUUUGAGUGUUCCGGUUAUUAGGUUUACUUUCAACGGUGAACCGGUCCACGGCUGCUUCACGGAUUUUAACUUGGAUGGCAUGUUCUUCCCAGUUAUCAGUUGCUCAUCCAAGUUGAGUUGCCGUUUCCUCUUCGGUGGUGAUCACGGUCGGAUGAAGUUCAAUCCACCGCCUGGAUUCUCGCCACUAGUGCAGUGCCUUAUGCCUCAUCAAAAUUUAAGCUUGGAUCCAUGCUUUUUCUUUGGUAACCUUAACAAGAAUGUCCUGGCCGGUCCUUGGUUGGUAGAGGACGAUUCAGCUUUUGUACCGAAACCGGUGGAUACUUCGUCUGUUACGCUGCCAUCUUCAGUGGAGACUAUCAAGGAUAAAUUGGCAGAGAAUAUUCAUGAAAUGUGGGCUUUGAACAAAAUCGAAGCAGGUUGGACCUGGGGCGAGCGCAGAGAUGACUUGUACCGAAUUCAUCCUUGCUUGACAUCGUUUGAGAAGCUGCCAGCUGCGGAGAAGCGUUAUGACUGUCAACUGGCUGUACAAACGCUAAAAACUAUCCUUUCACUGGGAUAUUACAUUUCAAUGGACAAACCUCCGGCGAGAAUUCGUCCGAUCCGUUUGCCAAACGAUCCCUACAUGCAAGGUAACGGAUACAAGCCGGCUCCACUGGAUUUGAGUGCUGCUGUGCUAAAUCCAAAGAUGGAGGAGCUGAUUGAUUUGCUUGCCGAAAACACUCACAACCUGUGGGCUAAGGAGCGUAUUCAGCAAGGUUGGACGUAUGGUUUGAAUGAGGAUGGUGAAAACAGACGUAGCCCUCACUUAGUGCCAUACAGUAAGGUCGACGAAGCCAUCAAGAAGGCGAACCGUGAUACGGCUUCGGAAACUGUACGCACUCUGCUCAUUUACGGAUAUAAUUUGGAUCCACCGACAGGAGAGGCCAACGAAGCCCUGGCUGCCGAAGCAUUCCGCCAGAAGUUUUCAGCCUUUAGAACGUACCGUGCAGAGAAGAACUAUGCCGUCACAUCCGGAAAGUGGUAUUUUGAGUUCGAAGUUCUGACUGCAGGUCCAAUGAGGGUUGGUUGGGCACGUGCGGAUUGUAAUCCUGGAACAAUGCUUGGUAGCGAUGAUUCCUCGUGGGCUUUCGAUGGCUACAAUGAAGAAAAAGUGUCUGGAGGUGCAACGGAAUCAUUCGGCAAACAGUGGGUACCUGGCGAUAUCGUUGGUGUAUUUCUUGACUUAGUGGAUCAUACGAUCAGCUUUUCGCUGAAUGGCGAACUGUUGAUGGACGCCCUUGGUGGCGAAACUACCUUUGCCGAUGUAACCGCUCCAGAAGGAGUAGGUUUCGUACCGGCUUGUACCAUUGGAAUCGGCCAGAAAGCUCGCGUUGUCUACGGCCAAGACGUCGAUUCGCUGAAAUGGUUCACCACUUGCGGUCUGCAAGAGGGCUACGAACCCUUUUGCGUUAACAUGAAACGCGCCGUUACGCACUGGUACACAAAGGAUCAACCGAUUUUCGAAAACAACGAAGACAUCCCGGAUUGUAAGAUCGACGUCACCCGUAUUCCGGGUGGUGCCGAUACUCCGCCAUGUCUGAAAAUCUCGCACAACACUUUCGAAACGAUGGAAAAGGCCAACUGGGAGUUCCUACGAUUGUCCCUUCCCGUUACAUGCGAUGCCUCCUUUAUCGAUGAAAGCGAAAAGAUGCACCGAUGGGAGGAAAUCCGAAUUCGUCAGCACCGUCUACUGAUGGAAGCAGAACAUCAAGCUCAGCCUAGUGGUGCUCAUAUGGACCACAUCAUGAAGAGUGGUUUUACCAUGAACGAUCUGAAAGGUCUGCAGCGGAACUACUCUGAAGAUGGCGUAGAAUCUGAUGAAGUUAUGCGCCAUGGACCGCAACGUCCAACACGUGCUUCCCGAAGAGCUGAAGCUCUCAGUCCACCCGGAAUUGAAAUCAACGGUGAAAUGCACAUGUCCGAUCCGGAGAACGCCUAUUCGGAUCACGAAAUGGAAGAUGAUCGCAAAAAGCGAGGAAGAAGUCCGUUCAGGCUGUUUGGCAAAAAGCGCGAUCAGAGUAAAGAUAAGCUGAAAGAUCAACGCAUGCCGGAGCCUGAGCCCCGCAAGGGAACAAUGCAGCAGCGUACGGUCGCUCGUAGUCCUACGAUGCGCGCUUCGAAUGCCGAUGUCCGUGGAGCUGCACAGAUGGCUGCCGAACGCAAAUCCAUGGGCAGCCCACAAGGAGUUGAGUCGUUCGGCAACGAGGUGUAUGAUGCCGACUGCUUGAAGCUGAUCAACGAAUACUUCUACGGAGUACGCAUCUUUCCAGGUCAAGAUCCUACGCACGUUUACGUUGGUUGGGUAACUACGCAGUAUCACGUGCACAGCAAAGAGUUCAACCAGGACAAGGUUCGCCAUGCUGCGAUCUACGUUGAAGACGAAGGCGAAAAAACCGUUGAAGUUGUCAAUCGCCAAUCCUGCUAUAUGGUCCGAGCCGACGAACUGUUCAACGAAGUCACUCAGGACGCCUCUGGAAAGGGAGCUUCCCAGGGCAUGUUCGUUGGAUGCUUUGUCGAUACUGCCACCGGUACUAUUCGCUUCACUUGUGAAGGCAAGGAGACAUCGCACGUGUUCCUAAUGGAACCGGAAACCAAACUAUUCCCUGCCAUUUUCGUUGAAGCCACUAGCAAGGAAAUCCUACAGAUUGAAUUGGGUCGCACUCCAACUACCCUGCCUUUAUCGGCCGCAGUUCUUCCAACAGGCGACAAACAUAUCAACCCUCAAUUCCCACCGAGGCUGAAGGUGCAAUGCCUCAAGCCUCAUCAAUGGGCUCGUGUGCCAAACACUGCCUUACAAGUACACGCCCUCAAACUGUCCGACAUCCGUGGUUGGUCAAUGCUUUGUGAAGAUCCAGUGUCCAUGCUGGCGCUGCAUAUUCCCGAAGAAGAUCGCUGCAUAGACAUCCUAGAGUUAAUCGAAAUGGAUCGACUUUUGUCCUUCCACGCUCACACCCUUACUCUAUACUCUGCUCUAUGCUAUCAGUCUAAUUACCGAGCAGCUCACGCACUGUGCAAUCACGUUGACCAGAAGCAGCUUCUUUACGCCAUUCAAUCAGAAUACAUGAGUGGACCACUACGUCUAGGAUUUUACGACCUGCUGAUCGCUCUCCACCUAGAAUCACAUGCAAACACCAUGGAAGUCUGCAAGAAUGAAUUCAUCAUCCCAUUGGGUCCGGAACUCAAGGAUCUUUACGUUGAUCCGGAAAUGUGUCAUUCACUCCGAUCUCUGCAGACCCUUUCCGUAAGACCCCAGAUGAACAUGACGGAGAUUGCAUCACCCUCACCCCCACAAUCGAAUUUGCCAACAAUAGUAGCACCAGAUUCUUCCAGUGAACCAAUACCGGCAAUUGAUUCGCUUUAUUCGCCAAGAUUCCCGCUCGAAGUGGUGCGGGAGUUUGUGAUGGCCGCCCUCAAAGAGGCGGUCGAAAUCAAUCAGGUACACAACCGUGAUCCGAUCGGUGGUUCCAACGAGAAUCUGUUCCUGCCGUUGAUCAAGUUGAUUGAUCGAUUGCUGUUGGUUGGUGUGAUUACCAACGAAGAUGUUGAAAAGUUACUGAUAAUGAUUGAUCCAGAGACUUGGGAUCCAUCGUUCGAGAAAGAAGGUAAGGAUGAGCAUCGCAAGGGCUUGCUGACUAUGAAGAUGGCAGAAGGUGCCAAGCUUCAGAUGUGCUACCUCUUGCAUCACUUGUACGACGUCCAGCUGCGUCACAGGACGGAGAGCAUCAUUGCUUUCGCUCACGACUACGUGUGUGAUCUGCAGCAAGAUCAGUUGAGAAGAUACAUCGAGAUCAAGCAAUCGGAUCUGCCGAGUGCUGUGGCCGCUAAGAAAACUCGUGAGUUCCGUUGUCCACCGCGGGAACAAAUGAACGCAAUUCUGUGUUUCAAGAACCUGGAAGGCGAAGAUCUGGAAAACUGUUCCUGUGGAAGUGAACUGCGCGAAAGAUUGAUAGAAUUCCAUGAGAAGCUGAUGGGCAAGGUUUCGUUGAAUGCUCUACAAGAACCGGAAGAAGAGUCUGCCGAGCCCGUAGAUGAAAGCAAACCGGGGGCUCUGAAGAAGCUGUACAAUUUCAUUAACGCCGUCAAGGAAUUGGAGGAAGAUCCUAAAGAACCAGAGGAAGUUGAGAGGAAGACUCCAGAGGAAGUCUUCCGUAAGGUUCUCAUCAAGCAGAUCGUAUCAUGGGCGGAAGAGUCCCAGAUCGAAAAUCCUAAGUUGGUCCGAGAGAUGUUCGGCUUGCUGGUCAGACAGUACGACACAAUCGGUGAACUAAUCAACGCUUUGAAUAAAACUUACGUUAUCAACUCAAAGACAACUGGAGAUGUUGCCAACAUGUGGGUUGGUUUGAGCCAAAUCCGUGCCCUUUUGCCAGUACAGAUGAGUCAAGAGGAAGAAGAAUUGAUGCGCAAACGUUUGUGGAAACUGGUCAAUAAUCAUACAUUCUUUCAGCAUCCUGAUUUGAUUCGCAUCUUGAGAGUGCACGAGAACGUUAUGGCUGUUAUGAUGAACACUUUGGGUCGACGCGCUCAAGCGCAAAGCGAUGCACCCGUACAAUCCGCUGAAGGCGAAGAAGCCCAACCAAAGGAGAAAGAUACAUCUCAUCAGAUGGUUGUGGCAUGCUGUCGUUUCCUGUGCUACUUCUGUCGUACUGGUCGUCAAAAUCAACGCGCUAUGUUUGACCACUUUGAUUUCUUGCUUGAAAACUCCAACAUUUUGUUAUCCAGGCCUAGUCUUCGUGGUUCCACCCCACUGGAUGUAGCUUAUUCCAGUUUGAUGGAAAAUACCGAACUUGCUUUGGCUCUCCGUGAACACUAUCUGGAAAAGAUCGCAGUCUAUCUAUCUCGUUGCGGUCUGCAAAGCAACUCUGAAUUGAUCGAACGUGGCUACCCGGAUCUAGGCUGGGAUCCCGUGGAAGGUGAACGUUAUCUGGAUUUCCUACGCUUCUGUGUCUGGGUCAAUGGUGAAAGCGUUGAAGAGAAUGCCAAUUUGGUCAUUCGUUUGCUGAUCCGACGUCCGGAGUGCUUGGGUCCUGCGCUUCGUGGUGAAGGUGAAGGUUUGUUGAAAGCCAUAAUCGAUGCCAACAAGAUGUCCGAGAAGAUUGCCGAGCGUAGAAAAAUGCAGGAUGAGGCCGAAGGUACGAUUGCCGGUUUAGGAUUCUCGCAUCCUCUUCCCGAAGGCGAUGACGAUGAAGACUACAUCGAUACCGGAGCUGCCAUUCUGUGUUUCUACUGUACGCUGGUUGAUCUGUUGGGCCGUUGCGCACCGGAUGCAUCGGUAAUCGAACAAGGCAAGAAUGAAUCGUUGCGAGCCCGCGCAAUUUUGCGUUCCUUGGUACCACUGGAGGAUCUCCAGGGUGUGCUGGGUCUUAAGUUUACGCUGACCAAUCCGGCUGCGGGCGAGGAAAGGCCCAAAUCUGACAUGCCAUCAGGCUUGGUUCCUGGACACAAGCAAAGCAUCGUGCUGUUCUUGGAGCGUGUGUAUGGAAUCGAAACGCAGGAAUUGUAUUACCGACUGUUGGAGGACUCGUUCCUCCCUGAUCUGCGUGCAGCUACUAUCUUGGAUCGUAGCGACGGAUCGGAAAGUGACAUGGCUCUAUCUAUGAAUCGCUACAUCGGCAAUUCCAUCCUGCCGUUGCUCAUCAAACACUCCAAGUUUUACAAUGAAGCUGAGAACUAUGCUAGCUUGCUGGACGCCACCCUGCACACCGUUUACCGCAUGUCUAAGAAUCGCAUGCUAACCAAGGGACAGCGCGAGGCCGUAUCCGAUUUCUUGGUCGCGCUGACUUCAGCAAUGCAUCCAGCUAUGUUGCUGAAACUGCUGAGGAAGCUUACCGUUGACGUCUCCAAGCUGUCCGAGUACACUACUGUAGCUCUACGACUGCUGACGCUUCACUACGAUCGCUGCGCUAAGUACUACGGAACAACGGGCAGUGGACAAGCUUCACAAUUCGGGGCAUCUUCAGACGAAGAGAAACGACUCACCAUGCUGCUGUUCUCGAACAUCUUCGAUUCACUUAGCAACAUGGAUUACGAUCCAGAACUAUUCGGUAAGGCUUUGCCAUGUCUGAUUGCCAUUGGUUGCGCUUUGCCACCGGAUUACAGUUUAUCCAAGAACUCCGACGACGAUCUGUACGGAAAACCGACCACCAGCCCCGAUCAACCGCAUUACAAUCCGCAACCAAUUGAUACUACCAUUGUCCAGUUGACAAACGACUUGAACCAGAUUAUUCAGAAGUUCAGCGAGCACUACCACGACGCAUGGGCAAGUAAGAAGUUCGAGAACGGUUGGAGCUAUGGUGACCAAUGGUCUGAUAGCAAUAAAACACACCCACGUUUGAAGCCGUACACUAUGCUGAGUGAAUACGAAAAGGAACGCUACAGAGAACCUGUUCGAGAGAGCCUGAAAGCCUUGCUCGCACUGAAUUGGCGCGUCGAUCACUCAGAAGUCGAUGUCCCUCAUUCGAACCGUGGAUCUAUGCGCAGACAAUCCAAACCGAAUCUUGAAUUACAGGGAGACACAGGAUCACCGUUCAACUACAAUCCACAUCCGGUCGACAUGACCAACUUGACGCUGAGCAGAGAAAUGCAGAACAUGGCCGAACGUUUGGCCGAGAACUCGCAUGACAUUUGGGCCAAGAAAAAGUUCGAAGAGUUGCACCAAUGUGGUGGCGCCGUCCAUGCUCAGUUGGUCCCGUAUGAUCUCUUGACCGAUAAGGAGAAGCGUAAGGAUCGUGAACGAUCUCAGGAGUUCCUGAAGUAUCUGCAAUAUCAGGGUCUGAAGUUGCACAAGCCAUCUCGUGGUAUGACUGAGGAACCGGGAGUUACCGCUGCAGCUAUCGAAGCUCGCUUUGCCUAUUCACUGCUGGAGAAAUUGAUUUCUUACAUCGAUCGUGCCACUAUCAACAUGAAGUUGCUGAAGCCCUCGACGACCUUCAGUCGUCGGUCAUCGUUCAAGACCUGUUCUAGGGAUAUCAAGUUCUUCUCAAAGGUCGUGCUUCCAUUGAUUGAGAAGUAUUUCUCAACAAACCGAAACUACUUCAUUGCAAUUGCUACCGCCACGAAUAACGUAGGUGCUGCGUCGCUGAAGGAAAAAGAAAUGGUGGCUUCUCUGUUCACCAAACUGGCUAGCUUGUUGCGAUACCGAAUGGCAGCCUUUGGCGCUGAUGUGAGGAUCACCGUCCGUUGUCUGCAAGUCCUGGUGAAAAGCAUUGACGCUAAAUCGCUGACUAAGGCCUGUCCGGAGUUUAUCCGCACAUCUAUGCUGACGUUCUUCAACAACACUGCCGACGAUCUGGGCCAGACGAUCUUCAACUUGCAAGAAGGAAAGUAUGAUCGUUUGCGUGGUACGCAUCUGAAAACAUCAACUUCGCUGGCGUACGUCAAUCAAGUUAUACUACCAGUAUUGACAGCGUUGUUCGAUCAUUUGGCAGCUUGCGAUUAUGGUAGCGAUUUGUUACUGGACGAAAUCCAAGUGGCAUCGUAUAAAAUUCUGUCUUCUUUGUACACUCUGGGCACUGAUACCACGCUUACUCGGGAUCGCAAGUAUCUCAAGACUGAAAUCGAACGGCAUAAGCCGGCCUUAGGAUCUUGUUUGGGAGCCUUCAGCUCUUGCUUCCCGGUGGCCUUCCUCGAACCGCAUGCAAAUAAGCACAAUCCGUUUUCGCUAUUGAAUCGCAUUGCCGAUACUUCCUUAGAGGCUCAGGACAUCAUGACCAAAAUGGAGAGCUCCAUGCCAACGCUGGAAACGAUACUGUCCGAAGUCGAUCACUUUGUCGAGUCGGAGAAGACCUACCAAGAUGCUCAACAUAUCAUAGACGUAAUUCUACCUUUGCUAUGUUCGUAUCUUCCAUUCUGGUGGAACCAAGGACCCGACAAUGUCAGUCCUCAAUCAGGAAAUCACGUGACCAUGGUCACAGCGGAUCAUAUGAAUCUCUUGUUGAAGAAUGUACUGAAGAUGAUCAAAAAGAACAUUGCCAAUGAAAAUGCACCCUGGAUGACUCGUAUUGCUAGCUUCACCCAGCAGAUCAUUAUCAACAGUUCCGAAGAACUGCUGAAAGAUGUCUUCCUCCCGUUGGCCGAGCGUGUCAAAAAGCGAGUUGACAGCAUGUUCCACAAGGAAGAGAGCUUGAGAGGUUUCCUCAAAUCAUCUACGGACGAUACUUCCCAAAUAGAGGCUCAGAUUCAGGAAGACUGGCAACUGCUGGUCCGUGAUAUCUACUCGUUCUAUCCACUGUUGAUCAAAUACGUUGAUCUGCAAAGAAAUCAUUGGCUCAAAGAUAACAUCGCUGAGGCUGAGGAGCUCUACAACUACGUUGCCGAGAUCUUCAACGUCUGGUCCAAGAGUCAGUACUUCCUGAAGGAGGAACAGAACUUCAUAUCUGCCAACGAAAUCGAUAACAUGGCACUGAUUAUGCCGACUGCCACGCGCCGAACUGCUGCUGUAUCCGGCGACAUGCCAGCCGCCGGUGGAAAGGUCAAGAAGAAGAAGCGUGCGCGCGAUAAGAAGCGUGACAAGGACAAGGAAAUCCAGUCCAGUUUGAUGGUCGCUUGUCUAAAGCGUUUGCUUCCAGUUGGAUUGAACCUGUUUGCCGGUAAGGAACAGGAACUGGUUCAGCAUUGCAAGGAUCGCUAUCUGAAGAAAAUGCCGGAAUACGAAGUAAUUGAGUUCGCUCAUACUCAACUGACCCUACCGGAUAAGCUGGAUCCGGCGGACGAAAUGUCCUGGCAGCAUUAUCUGUACUCCAAGCUGGGCAAAAAAGAAGACACCAUUGUUCAGGAAUCUGUCGAGAAGGCAGAUAAAAAGCAAGGCAACAAGAUCGAGGAAACCGUCGAACGCAUCGUCGCCAUGGCCAAGGUUCUAUACGGAUUGCACAUGAUUGACCAUCCACAACAACAAAGUAAAAAUGUUUAUAGAAGUUGUGUGUCGAUACAGAGAAAACGAGCGGUUAUUGCUUGUUUCAGACAUGUCUCCUUACAUUCACUGCCAAGACAUCGCGCAUGUAACAUCUUCGCUAGGACCUACUACGAACUGUGGCUGGAAGACGAGAAUGUUGGACAAGAGGUCAUGAUUGAAGACCUUACUCAAACAUUCGAGGAUGCCGAAAAGAAAAAGAAGGAAGAGGAAGAGGAGGAGGGUAAACCUGAUCCACUGACUCAGCUGGUGACGACUUUCUGCCGUGGUGCGAUGACGGAACGCAGUGGUGCCCUACAAGAGGACGCCCUGUACAUGUCCUACGCGAGUAUUGUUGCUCGAUCUUGCGGUGAAGAGGAGGAAGAAGGAGGCGAUGAAGAAGAAGGCGGCGGUGGCGGAGAGGAUGAGGGUGGUGCUAGUAUUCAUGAACAAGAAAUGGAAAAGCAGAAACUGUUGUUCCACCAGGCCCGGCUGGCAAACCGUGGAGUGGCCGAGAUGGUUCUUCUGCAUAUCUCUGCAUCCAAAGGUAUCCCAUCGGACAUGGUGAUGCGUACCUUGCAGUUGGGCAUUGCCAUCCUGCGUGGCGGUAACAUCGAUAUCCAGAUGGGCAUGUUGAAUCAUCUGAAGGAAAAAAAGGAUGUUGGUUUCUUCACCUCGAUCGCUGGUCUGAUGAACUCUUGCAGUGUCCUUGACCUGGACGCUUUCGAGCGUAACACCAAGGCCGAGGGUCUCGGCGUUGGUGCUGAAGGUGCAGCCGGUGAGAAGAACAUGCACGAUGCCGAGUUCACAUGUGCUCUGUUCCGAUUUAUCCAACUGACUUGCGAAGGUCACAACUUGGACUGGCAAAACUAUCUGAGAACGCAAGCCGGUAACACCACCACCGUUAACGUAGUUAUCUGCACUGUCGAUUAUCUGCUGCGACUACAGGAAUCCAUCAUGGACUUCUACUGGCACUAUUCCAGCAAGGAACUAAUCGACUCGGCUGGUAAAGCGAACUUCUUCAAGGCCAUCGGAGUCGCCAGCCAGGUAUUCAACACCCUCACUGAAGUCAUUCAGGGUCCAUGUACGCAGAAUCAGCAAGCACUGGCUCAUUCACGUCUGUGGGAUGCCGUCGGAGGUUUCCUGUUCUUAUUCUCGCACAUGCAAGACAAGCUCUCGAAGCACUCAAGUCAAGUCGAUCUGCUUAAGGAAUUGCUGAACUUGCAAAAGGAUAUGAUCACCAUGAUGCUGUCCAUGCUUGAAGGUAACGUCGUAAAUGGUACUAUCGGUAAACAGAUGGUGGACACCUUGGUCGAAUCAGCUUCUAACGUUGAACUGAUCCUCAAAUACUUCGAUAUGUUCCUCAAGUUGAAAGAUCUUACCUCGACGCCAAGCUUCAUGGAAAUCGAUCCCAAUGGUGACGGUUGGAUUUUGCCGAAGGACUUCCGUGAGAAGAUGGAGCAGCAAAAGAGCUACACACCUGAAGAGAUUGACUUCCUGUUGGCUUGCUGCGAAACCAACCACGACGGAAAGAUCGACUACAUCGGUUUUGUUGAUCGCUUCCACGAACCAGCAAAGGAAAUCGGUUUUAACUUGGCUGUAUUGUUGACCAAUCUUUCGGAACACAUGCCCAAUGAACCUCGUCUGGCCCGUUUCUUAGAAACUGCCGGAUCGGUUCUGAAUUAUUUCGAAUCGUUCCUCGGUCGUAUCGAAAUUAUGGGUUCUUCCAAGCGAAUCGAACGAGUCUACUUCGAAAUCAAGGAAGCCAACAUAGAACAGUGGGAGAAGCCACAGAUCAAGGAAUCCAAGCGUGCCUUCUUCUACUCGAUCGUUACUGAGGGUGGCGACAAGGAAAAGCUAGAGGCUUUCGUAAACUUCUGUGAAGAUGCAAUCUUUGAAAUGACCCAUGCUUCUGGAUUAAUGGCUAGUGACGAAGAUGGCGGAAAUGUGCGACGCGAAGCUGCUUUCACAUACAUCAGCGAAGAGGAAGAAGAACGUGCUGCUAGAGAUCCGAUCAAGCGAACCAUCCAGGCCAUCAAAGACGGUUUAUCCUACUCGGUGUACAUGAUCUCACCAUCGAACAUCAAACACCAGAUCGCAGUGCUGCAGUCAAAAUCAUUCCCGGAAAUCAUCGUCGGCUUCUUCAAGAUGAUCUUCUACGCUUUCUAUUAUUCAGGUUUCGGAGUAUCGAUCAUCAUCAAGUACUUGGUUAACAUUCUCAUGUCAUUGAUGCGUGGUUCGACUCAAGAAGAAGAGGAAGUGAUCGUAGAAGUGGAACCGUCGUUACGAGCGUUACCACCGUUACCAACAGAGGAACCACCUAGUACAGUACAGGCGUUCGGCUUGGAUAUAAGCAAAGAGGAGAAUGGACAGUACCGCGUGCAACCUCACGAGUCUCCCGCUUUAAGCCCAUCUUCAUCUGUAGAGGAGACUGGAGAGAGCAGUCCGGAAGAUGGCGCUGGUGAACUGUCGGCAGAAGCGGCAAGCACUGAGCCACCGAUGACUCUGGUUGAUCUCUUAGGAGGUGAGGCAGCCAAACGAGCAGCGCAAGAGCGAUCAGAAGCGCAGAAAGCCCAGGAAGCAACUUUGGCCAAUAUUGAAGCUGAACAGAAGAAGGCGUCCGCGGAGACGAAGGAACCAGCUGCUGUUACUCAGAUCGAUUUCUCAAAGUAUACGAAGAAGGCUGUUAGCUUUUUGGCUAGAAAUUUCUAUAAUUUGAAAUAUGUGGCUUUGGUCUUGGCGUUCGGCAUCAACUUUAUGCUGCUGUUCUACAAGGUAACGACACUUGGCGAUGAUGAGGCUUCGGAAGGAUCUGGUGACGAUAUGAUGGAAUUGGCUUCAGGACUUGGCUCAGGAUUGGCGGAAGCUGUUUUAGAAGGUGGAAGCGGCGGCGAUGGUGGUAGUGGAGAUGGAGGAGAUGAAGGCGAUGGGGAAGAUCCUUUAGAGAAGGUCGAAGUGGAUGAGGACUUCUUCUACAUGGAACACGUCAUGCGAGUAGCAGCUCUCAUGCACAGUUUGGUCUCGCUCUGUAUGUUGAUCGCUUACUAUCAUCUCAAGGUUCCACUGGCUAUUUUCAAACGCGAAAAGGAAAUUGCUCGACGAUUGGAAUUUGACGGACUGUUUAUUGCUGAACAACCAGAGGAUGAUGACAUCAAGUCACACUGGGAUAAAUUGGUGAUUUCAGCCAAAACGUUCCCUGUCAACUACUGGGACAAAUUCGUCAAGAAGAAGGUCCGCCAGAAGUACAGCGAAACCUACGAUUUCGAUUCGAUAUCGAACCUUCUUGGAAUGGAAAAGAACGCAUUUGCCGCACAGGAGAGUAGCGAAGGUGGUGGAUUCUUCCAUUUUAUAGCAAACAUUGAUUGGAGAUACCAGAUUUGGAAGGCCGGCGUCACUAUUACGGACAAUGCAUUCCUGUAUUCGUUAUGGUACUUCAUUUUCUCUGUCAUGGGUAACUUCAACAAUUUCUUCUUUGCUGCUCACUUGCUCGAUGUGGCCGUUGGUUUCAAAACUCUGCGUACGAUCUUGCAGUCCGUAACACACAACGGCAAACAGCUAGUAUUGACGGUGAUGCUGCUAACGAUUAUCGUCUACAUCUACACAGUAAUUGCGUUCAACUUCUUCAGGAAGUUCUACAUCCAAGAGGACGACGAUGGGGAAGAAGGAGAUCGCAAGUGUCAUGACAUGGGUACCUGCUUUGUCUUCCAUUUGUACAAGGGUGUACGAGCAGGUGGUGGUAUUGGUGACGAAAUUGGAGACCCGGACGGAGACGAAUACGAAGUGUACCGUAUUCUGUUCGAUAUCUCGUUCUUCUUCUUCGUCAUCGUUAUUCUGCUUGCCAUCAUCCAAGGUUUGAUCAUUGACGCUUUCGGUGAGCUUCGUGAUCAAUUGGAGUCGGUCAAGGAAGAUAUGGAGUCUAACUGCUUCAUUUGCGGUAUAGGCAAAGACUAUUUCGAUAAAGUACCCCAUGGGUUUGACACGCACGUUGCCCAGGAGCAUAACCUGGCGAACUACAUGUUCUUCCUCAUGCAUUUAAUCAACAAGCCGGACACAGAGUACACCGGUCAGGAGACGUACGUGUGGAACAUGUACCAGCAAAGAUGUUGGGACUUCUUCCCUGUGGGUGACUGCUUCAGGAAGCAAUACGAAGACGAAUUGAGCGGUGGAGGCAGUUAAUUAGAGCUGAGUAACAUCGACAAACCGAAUAGCAAACCAAAGAUUAUAAACAAACGAACAGAAACCAAACAAUCAAUCAAUGUAGAAACACCAUUUUAAAGACAUUUUUUCAAAGUUUCAUCUAAAAAUCAGAAGAUCGUCUAUUCCAAAGAAAUCCGUUUUCCCUAAACCAUCGAGAUAUGUCAAUUUGUGCAAACUAAAUCAAAAAUUAGGAAAAUCAUAAAGCAAUUUAAUGACUAACCGACAUCUCUAUUAUUCUAAUUCUCCUAUAUUGAAAACUUGUUAGGAAGCGUUUAGCGGAAAUUUCAUUAAAAAUCAAUCAGUAGAGAGGACCUAUUUAGUCCGACAUCUUGUUCAUUUCACAAGCACACACGAACGAGUAAACUUACAACUAGUCCAUAGAACGAAUUUGUUUUACGAUUACAUACCUACUGAUGCGUAUUUCUCUUUUUCGUUAUUAUUAAGUUUGUCUUUUUAUACUUAUUUUGAAACAAAAAUGCGAGGAAAAUUGUGACAAAUUUAAACAAAAAACAUUUACGCGAAAUAAGCAGAUAAUAUACACUAUGAUCACUUUUUAUCUACUUGAAAAGAUUCUAUUAGGAUUAAUAAAACAAAACAGAUCGAUUA